CUCGGCCAGAAUCAGUCGCUUCCUAACAGUCAGAGGGAGAGUACGUUCACUCCCGCUCUCUGACCCGCCUCAGUGGCCGCUUGUUGUCGGCAAACUUCGCAACUUAUUUCGCAGAAGUUGCGUUCAUCAGUUGAUUAUAAUCUGUGAUGUACCAAAUUGGUUUUUCGUAUUUUGGAAUAUAAAGAGGUGUGUGAUGUGAACUUAUUUUUAGAAAAGAGUGAUUUUUACACUUGUGAUACCAAAUCUACGUUGUGAUUUUAUAAAGUUCUCUGUGUUAAAAUCGAGUGCAUUGCGCACCGAAUCAGUGCACGGAGGCCACCGCCUAAUAUUGAAAUACAAAAGCAAAGGCUCAACCAAACCAUUCGGAUUCGGCCAACAGCCCGACGGGAUUAUCGGCGGCGGAACCGACGGGGCCAACGACGUGCCAACAUCAAGCAAUCCGAAUCCCCAGAGCCGCGUGUCAAGUGCCAACCUGAGGUUCGCCCAGGCCCCGUCGCCCUCCCCAGGAUACAUGUGCAAGGCGUAGGCCUCCUGCGGAAGACGCGGCGAGGCCAGAGGAAUUCGGGGAAGGACGAGGACCAGCAGAGCCAGGACGUGCGGCGAGGGCGAAGCAGGAUGGCUGACGCUGGGAUAUGAUACUGUCGCUUCCUCCUGACACGGCCCUGGAAAAUUAUGUCCAGGUGGUGGGUAUGGCGUCAUCCAGCUGGGGAGACGGCGAGUGGGACCCUGGUGACUGCGAGUGUGGGGGCCCACCGCCCCCCGCCUUCAUGGUGCCGCCGCCCCCACGCCCCCCAGCAUUCCCUGGGGGCCCUUCACCGGAAGCCCUGCUGGGGUUUGGCGGGGGCGACGCGGCCGACGACUGCGAGGGCCCCUUCACCUGCCCGGCGCUGCUCGGCGCCCGCGAGGACCAUCGGUCGCCCACGCCCCGCGCGCCACUCGCCGUCGUCAUCGUCUCGGCCGCCACGCUCGUCGUGCUGGUCAUCGUCGCCGCCGUCAUCGUGUGCAGGUUGCGCGGGCGCGGCCGCAGUCCCAAGGGCUGCACGGAGCUGAGCGGCGCCAUCAUCUACGACGACCUCCCCUCCGCCCCCUCCAUCGUGCCCGCCCGCACACGCCCGCGGUUCAAACCCGUGCCUCUCGACGGCGAGGAGGUGGUGGGGAUGACCAUGGGCGUGCACCUGUACACCCCCGAGCCCAGGAGCGCCGCGCCCUCCGAGCACCUGUAUCAGAGCAUCUCCUCAGGAAGCGAGACCUGCAGUUACAGCACCAGCGAGGCGGCGCCCCACGACGGGCGCUCCCUUCUGCGCCCUCCGCACCCUCGCGGAGGCCUGUGCCCCUCGCCCAUCCUCCCCGACACGGACAGCGAGGACGAGCCCCUGGGCCCGGGGGGCGUGGCUCCGCCCAGCGACAAUGACACGCCCAACACCUCUCCCAACCGCUCGCGCUACUACUGCCCGAGCGCGCCCCCGCACCGCUGCUCCCCCGCCGGCUCGGGCUCCGACUACGAGAGCGUGUACUACGUGGGCGGCAUCCGGCGGGAGCGGCCCCUGACGCCGCAAGAGCGAGGCCUCCCGCCUCUGCCCUCGCGCACGGACCGCUUCCGCAUCUACUUCUCGGUGGAGCGCGGCCAGCGGCGCCCCCCGGGCCGCAGGGGCUCCUCGGGGCGGCGCCAUAGCGGCCACCACCACCCACUCCAUCCGCAGCCGCACCAUCCGCCCGAAGCCGAGCCGCUCUACGAGAACCUGACGUAGGCCCCGCGGCGUGCGACGCCGGCGGACCGCAUUUCCCUCGACAGGACGCCGCCUGUGCUUCGUGGACGGGCCAUGGGGUGGCUCAGUACAGGAGAGGAGCCCGUGUGGGGCCUGUCCGGUGGCGCGGGCGGCUGCGUAUCUGUGAUGGCGUGUUGGCAGACUGAUCUCAGGGUACAGCGUUGGAGAGCGACGGCGUUGGAGAACGCGGGGCGACUGACGACAAGAGAAGGGAAGCCUUUUCCUUUCCAGGUUAUUUUGCGUUCGCUGUGAGUGUGGCAAGUUCUUGAUAUUUCUUGAACCUUUAGUGAGAAAUGAAAAUAACUGAACUCCAUGUCAAUAACAAACUCUGUGUAGCGGAUUGGUACGCGGAUCAAAUCCAUAUGUGAAAGGAGCAUUUUGUGGACUGGUCUGGAUCAAAGUGCAGGAGCCGAUUAGUGUUACCGCGAGCAUUGUCCUAUGGAGCCGAGUGUGCGUGUGUUUACGCGAAUUUCCGCGGCGACCCGUUCAAAGGCAGACAGUACGAACAAGCACGCACGCGAGUUCGGGUCGCUCGCCUAUUUACGGCAGUUGGAGGGACGGUCAGUAAAGGAAUGAAACUGUCUUAGGCUGCAGUGAAGUCCCAGUGAAACCGUAAGAAAGGAAGCGUAGAGGAAAAUCGAACGUGAUCUCGGCAGCCAUGAGUGCCAGGAAUCCAGUAACGAAAGACGCCGUUGACUGCCCUGGCGAAGGGGGCGCAGGUGACGGCAGAGGCGAGGGGAGGGAAAGCGUGUCUGUGCCGAAUGCGGACAAACACACACAAACACACACAAGUAGUUGGUGUUGUCUCAAGGUGCAAUCUAGUCCUCUCGUCCGAGCGCACGCACACACACGCAGCCUCUCACUGGCCGGUAGACUGACCCACCAGUAAAUUCACACAUAUUCCCAAGUGGUAGGCCUAGGUAAAUUCAACCUUAAAAUACAAAAGAUCUCCAUGUGUACAUUUGCAUUUACAAAAAAUUGUAUUGUAACGUCAAACAGUAGGCAAAAAAUUCAAUAAAAAGGUACACACACACACACACACACACACACACACACACACACACACACACACACACACACACACACACACACACAC